AUGAGCCCAGGAAGAGACCCCAGAGGUAACCCUGGAGGAGACCCUAGAGGUGGCCCCAGAGGUGGCCUCAGAGGAGAUCCAAGAGGAGACUCCGGAGGAGACCCCAGAGAGGAGACCCCAGAGGAGAACCCAGAGGAGAACCCAAAGGAGACCAGAGAGGUGACCCUGGAGGAGACCCCAGAGGUGGCCCCGGAGGAGAACCCAGAGGAGAACCCAGUAGAGAACCCAGUAGAGAACCCAGAGAAGACCCUGGAGGUGACCCUGGAGGAGACCCCAGAGGAGACCCCAGAGGUGGCCCAGGAGGAGAUCCCAGAGGUGGCCCCAGAGAAGAUGCCGGAGGAGACCCCAGAGGUGGCCCCGGAGGAGACCGCGGAGGGGACACCAGAGGUGGCCCCGGAGGAGAACCCAGAAGUGGCCCGGAGGAGACCCUGGAGGAGACCCCAGGGGAGGUCCCGGAGGAGGACCCAGAGGUGGUCUCAGAGAAGACCUUAG